AUGGAUUCCUUCAGUUCGUUCACCGAAGCAGCCGUUGGUGAAGUUUCCGUUCUGACAUCACUUACCAGUCUUCUGGCAGUUGCCAAAGCAUUGGGCAGUAAUUUGUCAGAAAUCGAAAAAUUGGCGGAACGCUACGGACGAGCCAUCAUUUUUGCCUUCUUUCACGGUGAAUCAUUGGGCUACAUUGGAAGUAGUGCUGCAGUAAAUGACAUCGAAAAAGGCGAAUUCCCAUUGGAUAUUCAACUGGCUGAUAUCGAUAGCUUUAUUGAGUCCCACAUUCCGAACAGUGAUCUCUCCUGCUUCGGUGUCAAGGCUACUUUGAAACGGAAUGAAGUAUGUAGUUAG